AUGAGGGAAUUGUAUAACAAUUUGACAGGCGACCAUAAUAGAUAUAUUAGACCAACAGACGAUCAAAGUCUCGCGACAACAAUUGCAACAUCAUUUCAUAUCGUAACAUUACAGGAAAUUAAUGAGGUCAAAGGAACGGUUUCUAUCACUGGAUAUUUUGAUCUAAAAUGGAAGGAUGUAAGUUUACAAUGGAAUCCAUGCACUUACGGAAAUAUCACACCAAUGGUUUUACCUCUUGACCUUGUAUGGACUCCUCCUAUAUUGGCGGCAAAUUCAGGGGAGAAAAUAAAGUACAUUCGUAUGAAAGGCUCUAGUGUCAGAAUUGAACAUACGGGUACUGUAAUCUGGACGCCAGGAUCACGGUUUGUUUUCACGUGUUCAAUUAAUAGUGUGAAUUUCCCAUUUGAUCAACAUGAAUGCAUGUUAGAAAUUGUCGCAUGGGGUUAUAGUAAUUCCGAAAUAGUGUUUAAUUCGACAUUUAGUGAGGUGAUGACGUCAUUUUAUAGUUCAAACAGUGAAUGGGAAUUAACAAAAACGAAAGCUCUAAAUCGCUAUCUUGAAGAUGGAGUUCCUGAAAUCGUUUUUAUUUUAUAUUUCAAGCGUAGACCGGUAUUCUAUGUCUUUAACCUCAUUCUUCCUGCUUCUUUAAUGGCGUUGUUGAAUACACUUGUGUUUAUUUUACCACAGGAGUCUGGAGAAAGGAUAAGUUUUUCAAUAACACUAUUAUUGUCUGGGAUUGUAUUUCUUACUAUAACACAAAAUCUAUUACCAGCCAUUGCAUUACCAAGUCUUGCUAACGUUUGUGUGUUUCUGGUUGGAAAUAUGAUCAUGAGUGGUUUUGUCAUUUUUUCAGUAAUAAUAAGCUCGUGGUUAUAUUACAAAAAAGAACAGGGCAUUCCAGUAUGGGUUGAAAAGUUAGAACUAUUUAUGAGGUCCCCGUGUUAUAAUCAUAGAACAUCUGUUCCUGUCACGUGGACACGGAUUGCUGCAUUAUGGGACACGAUAUCGUUUUGUUUUUAUUUUAUGUUUUAUAUAGUGUGGAAUAUUCAUUGUAUUACUAGUUUAUGUCAAACGUAAAACUUAUGGAUUUUCAU